AUGAACAUUCAACCUCGUUGGAACGUUUGGGCAUCAGACUGUGGAGUUGGAGUGCCAUUGUACCAGUUCUCUGAUGACACUGAUCAAGAUGGUGAUGAACCAACCAGAUACUUUUUGUCACUGAACAAACAUGAACCUGAUUGGACAUUGAUUGGAGUAGUCGGUCAUGUGUCACCAGUCCCGGAAACCUGGUGCAACAAACCAAUCCAUCGAUAUAGUUGCAAGUCAUCAGUCAACAACACCAAUCUAUUUGCAUUUGAUUCAGAGGCACCUCUCGCUCAUGAUAAUGGCAAUCAAGUAUGGGUGGACAAUGAUGUUGUGUUCUAUGUCAUCGAUCCUGUCCAUUUGGAGAAGGAGAAACCGAUUGAAUAUCCAAUUGCGAGGAUCACCUCAAUGAUGGGAUAUUGCGAUGAUGAUAAUGAUGAUAGCUUAGAUGGUGCUGGAGCUCAACAACAUGGCGAUUCAGUGAAUGAGACAGAGUCUAUAGUAGUUGGAACCGUUUCAAACAACAACAACAACAAUACCAUAUCGCAUCAGGACAAGAUUGAUCAACUCCAAAUAGAACUUGAUGAGUUGAAGAGGUCGCUGAUGAAGGCAAAGAAUCAAUAA